AUGGCCGAAGUACAAUCACCACCCGCGCAAACUGCGCCCGCACCCACGGACUCCGAAACCGCCCUCGAAGCCACCACGACCACCUCCACACCCACAGAGCUCGCGCCCAUGACCACCGAACAAACGAUAAUAACCACCAACGCCGAAGGCAAAAAAGUCAAAAAGAUUAUCCGUCGCAAACGGCGCCCAGCGCGCCCACAAGUGGACCCCGCGACAUUCAAAACCGACGCGCCACCCCCGACAGGCACAAUCUUCAACAUAUGGUACAACAAAUGGUCAGGCGGAGACCGGGAAGACAAAUACCUUUCGAAAACGGCUGCGCAGGGACGCUGCAACGUCGCCAAGGACAGCGGGUACACGAAAGCCGACAAGACGCCGGGGGCCUACUUCUGCCUGUUCUUCGCGCGCGGCAUCUGUCCCAAGGGCGUGGACUGCGAGUACCUGCACCGGCUGCCGACGGUGACGGACAUCUUCCCAAGUAAUAUAGAUUGCUUUGGGCGCGAUAAGCACUCCGACUAUAGAGACGACAUGGGCGGCGUGGGCUCCUUCCAGCGACAAAACCGCACACUGUACAUCGGGCGCGUCCACGUCACAGACGACAUCGAGGAGAUUGUAGCCCGACACUUCCAGGAAUGGGGUCAGGUGGAGCGCACGCGUGUGCUGACCGCGCGCGGCGUGGCGUUCGUGACGUACAUGAACGAGGCGAACAGCCAGUUUGCGAAGGAAGCUAUGGCGCACCAGUCGCUCGACCACAACGAGAUCCUGAAUGUACGCUGGGCGACGGUCGAUCCGAACCCCGCGGCGGCAAAGCGCGAGGCGCACAGAAUCGAGGAACAGGCCGCAGAAGCCAUCCGCAAAGCACUCCCCGCCGCAUACGUUGCGGAGAUCGAGGGCAGAGAUACGGAGCAGAAGAAGAGGCGGAAGGUGGAGGGCAGUUUUGGAUUGCAGGGAUACGAGGCUCCAGAUGAUGUGUGGUACGCAAAGGAGAAAGGAGAAUGGGAGCAGGCCACGCAGUUGGAUUCUGGAGGCAUGGGAGACAGGAAGAUGAUCGAGGCUGCCGAAGAGGACGAGGAGUACGGCGCGCUUAUGCCGCAGCAGAAUGCACAGGCUGGAGGAAACGGUAUACUGUCGGGCUCGACCCUCGCAGCGCUGAAGGGCUACACAACAACUUCAACGAACAAGCGGCCAGCACCGUCAGGCCCACUCUUGGCUGGGUAUGGCAGCGAUGAUGACAGUGAUUAA